AUGUGGUUCGAGAAAUCUCGCAACGAGCAGGACCAUCGUUACGCGCCAAUAGAUCUAACGGCAGAGGACCAGUCCCAACACCCGCCGCGUACCGCUUCUUCCCUGCCGUGGAUCUAUAUCAUCACAACAACAUGUAUCGUGACUAUUGUCGCGGUCGUUUCCUUCUUCGCCGGUACUUCCUUUGCGCGGCGGGAAAAGUACUGGCGACCUGAUUUACCCACCGUCCAAAAGGCCUUACAGCCAGACACCUCUUUCAUGGUCCAGCCGAACAAUGUCGAUGAUCAUACUUGGGACUCAAUGUUCCCUUCCAGCACUUUCUUCCCGCACCCGGACAUCGCACCCGAACGCGGUACCCUUUCGGUAUUCCACCAGCUGCACUGUCUGAACGCCAUCCGCCACAUCUACUGGGCCACAGUCGAUCCCAACCACCACAAACGAGACGGAGCUGGACCUGGGGACCCUGCGUUCGACAAAUGGCAUAUGAACCAUUGCAUUGAGCUGCUUCGGCAGAGUCUGAUGUGCAAUGCUGAUCUCACGCUGGAGGUAACGAAUAAGACUCUGGGCGGGGUAACGGGCUUCGGGACGAAACAUGUUUGUGUGGACUGGGAGGGGUUGUUGAAGUGGGUGGAUGAGACGGAGGAGAAUGCAAUUGAUCAUGCAGUCUCUACACACCCCUAG